AUGGUGUCAGGGCACAACGAUUACGGCCACGGUUAUGCCGCUACCGAAGUUAGACAUCAUGAAUGGCGAACGGCCGAGAAUAGCAGCCCGCAUCUUAUCCCAAAGCUACAAGCCAUUGUCAAAGUCAACCCAAAGAUCAAUCUCCUCGACGUUGGUGCCGGUUCCGGUACGAUCUCUGCUUCUUUAGCAAAGUAUAUGCCUGAAGGUGAAGUUACUGCCACCGACAUAUCCGAUGAGAUCCUUGCUCGAGCCAAGGAGUACGCCCAAUCCCAGGGCGUCUCCAACAUUAAGUUUCAGCAAGCCAACGUGUACAAGCUUCCUUUCUCAGACGCGGCAUUUGAUGUUACCCAUGCGCAUCAGGUCCUCUGUCACUUGGAUGCACCGGUAGAUGCCAUCCGGGAAAUGCUCCGAGUUACUAAACCAGGGGGCACACUUUCUCUUCGCGAGAGUGACAUGCGCAUGUGGUGCAUCUGGCCUGAACUUCCAGCCCUCCUCAAGUUCCAUGAGCUUCAGGUCAAGAAUAUUGCUGGCAAGGGUGGACAAGACAAGGGAGGUCGUCAGCUUCUCUCAUGGGCCCUGAAGGCUGGGGCUUCCCGUCAAGAUAUUACCUUGAGCUUUGGGACGUGGUGCUACAGUGCACCCGAAGGCAAGAAAGCAUGGGGAUCAGCCAUGAAGGAUCGCUCGCUGACUGGCUUCGCGCGCGACAAGGCUAUUGAGAUGGGCAAUGCGACUGGUGAUGAGUUGGAUGAGAUGGCAAAGGCGUGGGAGGAGUGGAUUGAAAUAGAUGACGCUUCGCUAGGUAUCAUGAAUGGCGAGGCAUUGAUCACCAAGAAAUGA